UAUAUAUAUAUGUAUAGCAUAUAUCCACUUUUCUCCUUUCACUCAACUGCAAUUUCUGGAGUAUCCACUCUGCACUGUGAUUAAUUAAUCACACCGCCAUUGUUCAAAGUGCAAAUCUACAAAUUCUGUAAUCAGUUAAUCACUCCAUAAGGCGGUAAGAUGACCGCGGGUGGUGAAGAGAAGACGGAUGCGUCCACCUCUGGGACCGGUGACGGUGUUGAAGACUCUGAAUUGGGGAAAGCAAAGGAAAAGGAGAGCACUGAUACGGUGCCGUUUUAUAAGCUGUUUGCUUUUGCUGAUCUUACUGAUUACAUACUAAUGAUCACGGGUACUGUUAGUGCUAUCGGUAAUGGAAUAUGCCUGCCUCUAAUGACUAUUCUAUUGGGCGACCUUAUUAAUUCUUUUGGUCACAACCAGAAUAAUAAUGUCGUCGACGUUGUUUCCAAGGUAGCGCUGAAAUAUUUGUACCUGGGUAUUGGAUGUGGUGUUGCAUCAUUCCUCCAGGUUGCAUCAUGGAUGAUAACAGGAGAAAGACAAGCUGCAAGAAUAAGGAGUUUGUAUCUAAAAACCAUUUUACGACAAGACGUAUCCUUCUUUGACAAAGAAACAAACACGGGGGAAGUUGUUGGCAGGAUGUCAGGUGACACCGUACUCAUACAAGACGCCAUGGGGGAGAAGGUUGGAAAAUUCAUACAACUAUUUUCAACAUUUGUGGGAGGUUUCGUCGUAGCGUUGGUCCAGGGUUGGCUUCUUACACUUGUCAUGUUAACCUCGAUUCCUCCAUUGGUUAUUUCUUUUUCGGUUAUGGCGAUAAUGGUAGCCAAGAUGGCAACGCGCGGCCAAACCGCUUAUGCUAAAGCAGCUACUGUAGUUGAACAGACAAUCGGCUCAAUCCGGACGGUUGCAUCUUUCACGGGGGAGAAAAAAGCGGUUGCAGAUUACAAUAAAUCACUUGUUGAUGCUUACAAUUCUAGUAUUCAAGAAAGCCUGAUAGCUGGCUUCGGUCUUGGAACAGGGGUUUUCAUUAUGUUCUGUAGUUACGCGUUGGCUGUCUGGUUCGGUGCAAAGAUGAUACUAGAAAGGGGGUACACUGGUGGGGAUGUGCUUACUGUAGUUUUUGCUGUGCUGACUGGAUCCAUGUCACUUGGUCAGGCAUCUCCCUGUUUGAGUGCAUUUGCUGCGGGUCAGGCCGCAGCAUUCAAGAUGUUCGAAACUAUAAACCGAAAGCCUGAAAUAGACGCGUAUGACACAAAGGGGAAAGUAUUAGACGAUAUUCGUGGUGACAUAGAAUUAAAAGAUGUGUAUUUUAGCUAUCCAGCAAGACCAGAUGAAGAAAUAUUUAGCGGAUUUUCACUCUGCAUCUCCAGUGGGACGACUGCAGCUUUGGUUGGUGAAAGUGGAAGCGGAAAGUCAACGGUGAUUAGCCUGUUAGAGAGAUUUUACGAUCCUCAACAAGGUGAAGUUCUUAUUGAUAAUAUAAAUUUAAAAGAAUUUCAACUAAAAUGGAUUAGAGAGAAAAUUGGUCUUGUUAGCCAAGAACCGGUUCUGUUUACAUCAAGCAUUAAGGAUAAUAUUUUGUACGGCAAAGAUGGCGCGUCUAUGGAUGAAAUUAGAGUUGCGAUUGAGCUUGCAAAUGCUGCUAAGUUCAUCGAUAAACUACCACAGGGAUUGGACACCAUGGUUGGUGAGCAUGGAAUACAACUCUCUGGCGGACAAAAGCAAAGAGUUGCUAUAGCCAGAGCCAUUCUUAAAGAUCCCAGAAUCCUUCUUCUGGAUGAAGCAACAAGUGCUCUCGAUGCAGAGUCCGAGAGGGUUGUGCAGGAGGCUUUAGACAGGAUAAUGGUCAAUAGAACAACCGUCAUCGUUGCACAUCGUUUAAGCACAGUCAGAAAUGCGGACUUGAUUGCAGUUAUUCACAGAGGAAAGAUGAUUGAGCAAGGGUCACAUUCAGAGCUAGUACAGGAUCCUGAAGGAGCAUACUCUCAACUUAUAAAAUUACAGGAAGUUGAUAGUGAUUCAGAAUCAGAGGACCAACAAACCGAAAAAGAACUCACAAGUCCAUCAGGUCACAAGAUAUCUCAUCGGCGGUCAUCUAGCAGCCACCGCCACUCAAAGUCUCAGUCAUUCCGUUUGUCACCAUCGCCACACGGUUUGUCACCGUCACCACAUAGUAUGUCACCAUUGCCACACGGUUUGUCACUGUCGCCACAUAAUAUGUCACCAUUGCCAUUGUCGCCCCAUAGUAUGUCACCGUUACCACACGGUUUGCCACCGUCGCCACAAGUCAAUGACCCGCCUCCGGAAUCCAUGGAAAAAGACUUGGAUGAAUCAUCAAAAGACCGGCCACAAGUUCCACUUCGACGACUUGCCUAUCUCAACAAACCAGAAAUACCAGUUCUCAUAAUCGGUUCAAUAGCGGCUAUUAUCAACGGUACAGUAUACCCGAUGUUUAGCAUACUACUUUCCCGCAUGAUCAAAACAUUUUACGAACCGCCGCAUAAACUGCGAUCCGACUCGAAAUACUGGUCUGUAAUGUUCCUACUCCUUGGACUAGUGGCAUUUGUAGCAUAUCCAGGGAGAUCUUAUCUGUUUGCUGUCGCCGGAUCUAAACUUAUAAAAAGAAUCAGAUCACUAUGCUUUGAGAAAGUGGUGAAUAUGGAGGUUGGUUGGUUCGACAAGCCAGAAAACUCUAGCGGUGCCAUCGGUGCUCGGCUGUCCGUGGAUGCAGCCAGUGUUCGUGGGUUGGUCGGUGACGCACUUGCUCAAAUUGUUCAAGACUCCGCGUCUGUUGCCACUGGUUUAGUAAUUGCAUUUGCAGCUUGUUGGCAGUUAGCCCUCAUAAUUCUUGCCAUGAUUCCGUUAAUGAGUGCCAAUGGGUAUGUUCAAAUGCAAGCCAUGAAAGGGUUAAGUUCUGAUUCUAAACUAAUGUACGAGGAAGCAAGUCAGGUGGCGAAUGAUGCUGUCGGGAGUAUAAGGACAGUAGCGUCUUUUUGCGCAGAAGAGAAAGUUAUGCAACUGUAUAGAAAUAAAUGCGAGGGCCCGAAACAGGCCGGGAUUAAACAGGGUUUAAUCACAGGAAUCGGGUUCGGGGCUUCGUACUUUUUACUCUUUUGUUUGUAUGCAGCCAGUUUUUACAUAGGAGCCCGGUUUGUUGAAUCUGGAAUAACAAAUUUUGAAGAUGUUUUUCGGGUUUUCUUUGCUCUAAUGUUGGCGGCGUUAGCAGUGUCUCAAUCAAGCGCAUUUGGACCCGAUACAACUAAAGCUAAAAGCUCUGCGAACUCGGUUUUUGCGAUUCUUGACCGAGAGUCGGAAAUCGACUCGAGUGAUGAAUCGGGUUUGACUUUGGAAACGGUCAAAGGGGAAAUAGAUAUUCGUCAUGUUAGUUUUAGAUAUCCUACCCGACCCGAUGUUGAGAUCUUUCGUGAUCUAUGCUUAACCAUCCAUAGUGGCAAGACAGUGGCAUUGGUCGGUGAGAGCGGAAGCGGGAAAUCAACGGUUAUCCAACUCUUACAAAGAUUUUACAAUCCGGAUUCGGGUUGUAUCACAUUGGAUGGAACCGAGCUACACAAAUUUCAACUCAAGUGGCUAAGGUUACAGAUGGGUCUAGUUAGUCAAGAACCCGUGUUAUUCAAUGGCACCAUUCGCGCCAAUAUUGCUUAUGGAAAGGAUGGUGAAGCUACCGAGGCCGAAAUAUUAGCUGCUUCCGAGUUGGCCAAUGCCCACAACUUCAUUAGCGGGUUGCACGAGGGUUAUAACACUAAGGUAGGAGAAAGAGGUGUACAAAUGUCGGGUGGCCAGAAACAAAGAGUAGCGAUUGCUAGAGCCAUUGUAAAAAGUCCCAAGAUACUACUGCUAGAUGAGGCCACAAGUGCACUAGAUGCCGAGUCAGAAAGAGUGGUUCAAGAUGCAUUGGACAAGGUUAUGAUUAACCGGACCACAGUGGUCGUGGCUCAUCGGUUAUCGACCAUUAGGGGUGCAGAUGUCAUCGCAGUUGUAAAAAAUGGAGUAAUCGUUGAGAUAGGAAAACAUGAAAAGCUGAUCAAUAUCAAGGAUGGAUUUUAUGCAUCUUUAGUUGCACUUCAUAGCUCCUCAAAUUAGUUACCAUUUCUUCCCUUCUGUUAUUUAAGUUUAGAUAGUACAUAUGCAUGUCAAUAAGUUUGUUUUGUGUUUUGUAUUAUAAAAAGUGAACGAUUGUUAAAUAUUAAUUGAAAAUAAAAGCUAAUGUGUAUCAAUA